CAUGCGGUGAAUUGACCUCGAUUCUCUCGGAUCCUGCUCGUCAUUCGGUCUGCCGCUUUUUCCUUCGAUAACGGAUGGGAAAUUGGCAAGACGCACUGCCGAGCACGACUUUGAACCGCAAGGACCAUGAGCGAUCCCAUCGACCGUAUCGUCAAGGGCGCUCCACCGCCUGACGUCUCAGCCGAGCAGCUUGCGGCCAACGCCAGAGCUACGGGUCCAUCGCAAGCACAUUCUAUCACCGCACCACUUCCUCCGCUACAUCAAGGCCAUUCCAGCGAUCCCAGAGAUGCCCUCCCAUCCAGCCCGCCUCAAAUAUACCUCAACCUGCUGAUCCUGGAAUCCUCUCUCCGACUCCAAUAUGUGUCUUUACGUGCACGCCUCCGACUCCAUCUCCUCCUCCUGGUCACUCUGGUUCUUUGGGUGCUAGGCUUCACGUAUCUACUGUUCUUUCGGCCUCGUGAAGAUGGAAGUGGAGUGGGAGGCAGCGUUUACUGGGUUGUGGAGUCGGGCGAGAAGCUCGGUUGGGCCUCCGGCAUCGUCACUUUGACACUGUUCUGGGGCACAGGCAUGUAUGAACGUGGUGUGCGUUGGCCACGAAAGUUUGUCUCUACCACGAAUCGAGGCUUGCGAGGUUUCAAUCUGAAAGUUGUGGUGGUCAAAGGAUCUUUCCUCUCUGAGCUUGCAGGCUGGGUCGCCAUGCUGGACCAGCUGGGAUGGUUUCGCGAAGAUCGCGUGAACUAUCAAAUCAUGCCCAAGGAUAUUGAGCUCGGCGGAGGCAAAGUUGAGAAUUGGAACAUGCAUGCUGCCAGACAUGGCUUAUUGGAGGAAGACAUUGCGCCUGGUGGAGAUGUGCUACGAGUACUACUUUUGCCAAAGCCCUUCUCGCCAGACUUUCGCGAGGGAUGGGAUACGUUCCGCAUGGAGUACUGGGAGCGGGAGAAUGCGCGGCGCUCGCAGCUUCGCACAGUCGUCAGAGCCCGGAAGCGCGAGGUGGCAAAGAGAGACGGUGGGUGGAUAUGGUGG